GAAACGAAUGCUUUCGUCGGGGACAGUUUAAAGAAACGGGAUUGUAAUGCACCCUACAAUGGAGAGAACCACAAAAAUGCUCAUGCAACCAGUCCAUUCGCCGAGAUUUGAACCCAGAUCAUUGGUUAAAGUUUGAGACACCAUAUCAUCUCUAAAUAAAUAUAAUAUAAAGCAGAAACUCGAUUCAUCGUUCUCGCAAUAAUCGUUUUCCUGCAUGUAUCUUCGACCAUUUUUGGUCUAGAAUGAAGUUCUAUAUAAACCUGCACAUGAGCUUUAUUCACAUAUGAAAGGAACUUCCCUCAGCUACCAAUAGUGGCUAAGAAAAAAACCAGGCUAAGCGAAACCGACGCGGGAUCUUCAUGUUGAACCCCACUGACGGAGAAACAAUAGAAGAGGUUGUUUUCUUGCUGAUCCCAAAUCGCCUUGUGGAACAAUCGUCUGUUCUUGUUUCAACUCCCUCGGAGAGAAGACAUUUUGCUUCUUUUGUUUUAUUUAUCCAGAACGCAGGCAUGUGUAGCUAGUUAGUUGGUCCAAGGAACCCAGAUUCUGCAACAAUAUGGAUCGCAGUAUACCACACAUUCGGAAUAUCUUUUCCAACACCUCUUCGCGGAAGAAAUCAACGAGUGACACACAAGACCUAUGCCAAUAUGAAAAGUCACCCCGAUGCCGUCGAAAAACUAAAGAACCACCUGUGGACUAUUAUGAUAAUCCCAAAACUUCUGGAUCACCAAAAAGGAAUGGUUUUGAUCCUGGGAAGGAGAAUCUGAAGACCAAAGAUGAACCAAGAUUCGAUGAGACACGCAAAAGUGGGAAUCGUAACGGUAAUUAUAACACAUACACGAGCAAAACAUUAACGGAACGCGACAUGAGACAUCUAGAGAGACAUCUGUCGAUGAAGAAGACAAUCAGGAAACAAAUAAGCCGCAAUUUAGCUCAGGCGUUCUUGGAUAAUCCCAAUAUUUUCGAACCCGACGGUAAUAAACCAGAAAAUUACAAAAACGACCAUGCUUUACCUCCGCUGUCGAAUAACCCAAAAAAUCCAGAACAGAAUGUUCUAGAUCUUUUAAAGAUUAGCAUCGAGGAUAGAGAUUCUGGACACUCCAGCCCAACUCAUGAAAAUUUAGAAGAUACAGAUUAUGAAGAUGAAGAAAUAGAAGUGAAAAACUGGAUAUCGUCUGCUAAACACCGGAAUAGCGAUACCAAAGGCUUAAUGGAAGAAGCUUCCAAGCCCAAUAAUCAUGAAUCAGAAAAGAAAACAUCAUCGAUAUGGAAAAUGUUUUCUUCUCGUAAUAAAGGAAAGCGAUAAAGACAGGAUAAAGUGAAGUAUAGAUCACCAUGUUUAUCAGUUUAAAGAAAAUGAAAUGAAAUAAAUCAAAAUUUUCUAUCUUAAAACCAGGAAGUUUCGUUCAUGUUGCCAGUACUAUAUAUGCAAAUAAAAAUAUGACACAAAAUAAUAUUUAUUAACUGUACAGUAUAAAACAAUGAACAUGAAACAAUGAAUGAGUAGAAUGAAUUCAAAUGAAUACUAUUAGAAUGUCUUUUCCGAAGAAGAAACUGGGAAUAUUCUCGAAUGAUUAAUGAUUUGAGAUUUUAUUCAAGCACAAAUAUUCACAUUGAUCAUAUAAAAGAAAAAAGACAGAUGUUAAAAUGUAAUUAAAAUUCAAAAACCAUAAGCUGUAAUAAGAGCUCAAGAUGUCAUAAAGUUUAUUUUAAAACUUCUAAAAUUACUACACAGAAUCGAUCUUAACUGCAAUCGAAUUCUUUUUUUUUUCCAUUGAUUUAGCAACAUGUUUUAAAAGAAAUAUCUUCUUUAGAACGCAGAAUAUCAAUAUCGUUAUUGCCAAAAAUAACUGAUAUUUCCCUUGUCUUUUCUUAGUAUUUUGUGAACCAAAUAUUUAAUUUCUUUGCAGAAUAAUAGAGACAGCGAUAUUACUAAAUAAAUAUUGGCUCCACAUUAGAAAAGGCUAAUUUUUUAAUUUGAUGCUAAAUAGAACACGGUUGAUGAAUAUUUCACACUUUCUUAAUUUAAACUUUAGGAUUCCUAAUGUGUAUAUAUAUAUGUGGGAAACUGCUGAGAGGGAUAUUGGAAUUUAACUGAAUAUGUAUACUUAUAACCUAUUUUGAUUUUUUUAUUAUGUAUUCUACGUGAAGCUCUUUUUAUAAACAUUUCAAUCUUUUACUAUUUGUAUACGUACUAUUGAAGUAACUAUUGAACUUUUCUAGUCAUCAGCAGAAAAUGGAUGAAUUUUUUACGAUGUGUAAAGGUAAUGGUUACGGUUAACAGUAUUCAGUUGUGACUUCAUCAAAACUUACUAAGUAUUAAAAGAAAUAUAAAUAUUAAACAGGAAACAGAUAAAUCUUAGUAUUUGCAUUUGUUAUAUUGCUGCCAUAACAAAAUAGUUUACUUCUAAUGUUUAUGGUUAGAUGUGUAAGCUUUUCUUAAAAAGUGUUAUCUUUGAAGAUAUGCUACAUCCCAACGAUGGUGAAGAAUUUCUUUGUUUCUUGGUUAUAAAAUUGUUUUAUUAGAUUCUAGUUUACGAUUUUCGAGAUUAUGAUUUGUGUCAGCGAGCGCCUAACAGACUGUCUUACAGAUCAUGAGGCAUGUUGCACCACACUUUCAAGAUGAACUUUGUCUACAGGUUUCGCGAAAUAAGUAGCAGUUGGCAAAGAAAGUUCUUAUUUAGUGUAAACCAAAUAAGAUUAAUCUGAUCUUUUUGGCAGCAUUUUAAGUAUCAAUAUAAUUUAUUCUGAGCAUCAAGUACCAGCUUAAGAUAUUGUGCAAGAAUCUAUGUACUCUGCAAGAAUCUAUGCACUCAAUCGAUGUAUUAAUAAAGCUUCAAUGCAUGUUAUUAUCGCUGUGAAAUUAUACUGAAUUCACAAAUGGCUCACAAAUUUGCUAUUUGAAUUAAAUAAACUGAAGAAUGAGAAUACAAACAUUUAAUUUUAAUACGCGUUUUAAAAUAAUUAAACAUACGCAAAAGCAUUAUUUUCCAAGUCAAACAAUUUGUUUAAUUCAAGGCAAUUUGAGUUAAAAUCUUUGUAGGAAUUCUUCUGUUAAUGUCAUGAGCAUUUACAUGACAUUACAAUUAAAAUUAAAUUCAUCGGUAUUUAUAACCUUUUAAGUAGUAUUAAUUCGCUUUAUCUAAUUAUAAAUCAUUUAUUAAUAAUAUUUUUAAGUGAUUGUAUAAGUAUCAGUUGAAAAAAAAUCGAAUUAUGGAUUUAUUUUAUGCAUUGCAAGUAAAUGUCAUUGUUGUCUCAUAAUGCCGAAUUUUAAGUGUAUAAAUAUCAGUAUUCAGUGUAACAUGGUCAUAUGGAAUUCUGAUUUAUGUAUGGUUUUGUUUUCUUUUUGUGAUGUGCUUAUCUUGAAAUAAAAACUGUGUGUUAAAAACUGUU